AGAAGAAAUAUGGCCACCAUAUCCAUGGAUACACAGUUAAACCACAUCCCUGCAGCACCAAACAAGAACCACCACCAGCAUGGUAGUGCCGCCACCGUCGAGGAGAUUGAGGGCCUAAUUCGGGUUUCGAAAGACGGGCACGUAGAGAGGCCCGCAAUCAUCCCUAAUGUCCCUUCCACUUGGUCAAUAGACAAAAACCUAGUGAUGUCAAAAGACGUUUUCAUAGACAAACUCACCAACUUAUGGGCACGCAUUUACGUCCCUAAUUACUACUAUCCAAACGAUCACUCGUUACCUUUGCUCGUCUACUUCCACGGCGGCGGCUUCUGCGUUGGCUCCGCCGCAUGGAGCUGCUACCAUGAGUUCCUCGCCAACCUCGCCACCACUACCGGCUGCGUCGUCGUGUCGGUUAAUUACCGUUUAGCCCCCGAAAACCGUCUUCCGACGGCAUAUGACGACGGUUUCAACGCCAUCAUGUGGAUCAAACAACAGGCAAGUACAAACUCUUCCGAUAACAAAUUCUGGCUAAGCAAGUGCAAUGUUUCAAGCCUGUUUUUAGCCGGGGACAGCGCCGGAGCCAACAUAGCCUACCACGUCUCGAACCGCUUGUCCUGCAACAACGCCGUUUUGAGGCCGUUGAGGCUAAAAGGCUUGGUUUUGAUCCAGCCUUUUUUUGGAGGAGAGGCGAGGACGGGGUCGGAGAAGUCCUCGACCCAGCCGCCGAACUCGGUGCUGACGCUGUCGGCUUCCGACACGUAUUGGCGGCUCUCGCUGCCUUCGGGUUCGAGCCGGGACCACCCGUGGUGCAACCCUCUGGCCGGUGGCGUCGCCAGGCUGCGGGACUUGAGAGUCCCGGCGACGAUGGUGUGCGUUGCGGAGAUGGAUAUAUUGAGGGACAGGAACUUGGAGUUCUGUAACGCCUUGGUCGGCGCAGGGAAGAAGGUCGAAACGACAAUGUAUAGAGGAGUUGGUCAUGCGUUUCAGAUUCUCCAUAACUCUCAGUCAUCUCGGGCUCAGACGCAGGAAAUGAUGUCGCAUAUCAAGAGUUUCAUCAAUCAAUAGUAAUUGGUUAAUAUGUGUGGAACUCAUCAGUAAUAGCUAGUGUAGUAUGAAUAGGUCAUUUUAUGUGGAUGGCUUGUGAUGUGGACUUAGUCUCAAAUCCGACACUCGGACUUGUAGACACUUGUAAUUUUUUUCGUUUGUUUUUAUAACCGUUCUUAUGUUUGUGUAAUACUUAAUUUGU